AUGAAGACAGGAAUGAGUCUGGUGUAUAUUAGGGAAAACAAGUUUGAGUGUUGCCAAGCAAUCCAUUCCAGAGUUCUUGGCUGUGAGAUUGUCAAUGCCUGUGGGUCCCUGAAGUACUUCAGGCCUUUCUGCACAGUAAAUAUGAGCUAUUGGGCUCGGAUGAACAAUUGUUUUGCAGGGGUACGUCAGCGCUUUCAAAAAUUCUGGAGUAACAUUAAGAAAUGUAUUGCGAGGGAGAAUGAAGAAUACGUUUUUACAGGUGAUGGCAUUUUUCAUAAAGAAAAAAUUACAGUACUUGGCCGUAUAUUGAAGAACAAUGCUCUACCCAUUGAAGAGAGAGCUAAAGCAGCCCAGAAAAUUGGACUAUUGGCAUUCACAGGAGGACCAACUGCUGCGAAAUACGCAACUGAAUACAUGAAAGAAGUCAUUUCCUUGUUGCAAAACCAAAGCUUUGCACCAAAAAUACAGAUUCUGCUGCUCCAGAGUGUAGCAAGUUGGUGUUACUUAGACCCUGUCAGCCAGAAAAGAGCCCAACACCUGCAGAUUAUUCCUAUUCUCAUUACCUUUUUUGAAAGCAGUUUUGAGUCAACUAUCAACAGUGAAUUAGACAGCAACCUCCACGUUCGAUUUUGGACUUGUUAUGCCCUCUCUGUCAUGACAUGUAACAACUUAACUCUCAUGAAGGAGCUCAGAGAGUGCCCUAAACUAAAAUAUCAUUUACAAAUGUUGGCUUCCGAGAAUUGGUCUGGAUGGCCUGAGAAUUUUGCAGAAGUGUUGUAUUUCCUAAUUGGUUUUCACAGGAAUUAA